GUCUUGGAGAUAUAUGCCUACAUAUAUGGUUUUUAGUUGGAUAUGUUUUUAAUAUAUGAAUAUUUGCAUGAUAAAUGAUCCUUUCGAAACUUUCUACGUCUCGAAUGGAGUAAAGGAAACAUUAUUAUCUACAAGUUCACUUUUUUAUGUGAUGAAUUAUAGAUUUUGAUAACUAAUGGAUAAAAAGGUUUGAUUUGUUAUUUACCUUUUGUUCUUGGUGCUUAGGUCUUACCAAAUUCUUUUUCUUUCUAAAUUGUGGUUUAAUUAGCCUCCUUUAACUUCUCAAAAAAAAAUUCUUUAAAAGCACCGACGAUUUUAUUAACCACAAAAAUUGAUUUUAUUUUCUUCUUUCAGUUGCGCUUAAUUAUUACUUCAAUUUCAAUCAUCUCACCAUGCCCUAAUCUUAACGAUUUUCAAGAAAUGAUAAAUGUAAAACCAAUAGAGCAGAUAAUUUCAAACAACACUUCGCAACAACAACUACAAACAUUCAUCGCCACCACAGAGAGACCAAACCACACCGCAUCCAAAAGCGGAUCCGGCGCCAGAAAUGACAACAACACUGCUACUACGAUGGAAAGUAGAAAAGCGAGGCCGCUAGAGAAAGUGAAUUGUCCAAGAUGUAACUCAACCAACACAAAGUUUUGUUAUUACAACAACUAUAGUCUCACGCAACCAAGAUACUUCUGCAAAGGUUGUCGAAGGUAUUGGACCGAAGGUGGCUCUCUUCGUAACGUUCCUGUGGGAGGAAGCUCAAGAAAGAACAAGAGAUCCUCAACACCUUUAGCUUCGCGGUCCAAUCCCAAGCUUCCAGAUCUAAACCCACCGUUUCUUUUCGCAAGCCAAAUCCCUAAUAAGUCGUCAAAAGAUCUCAACUUGUUGUCUUUCCCAGUCAUGCAAGAUCAUCAUCAUGGUAUGUCUCAGUUACUUCAUAUGCCCAAGAUCGAGAACAACAAUACUUCAUCUUCAAUAUAUGCUUCAUCAUCUCCUGGAGCCUCUUCAAGAGGCAUGAACAUGUUCUUGCCUGGUCAAAUGAUGGAUUCAAACUCAGUCCUUUACUCAUCUUUAGGGCUCCCAACAUUAAUGGCUGAUUACAAACUGAGUAACAAUAAUCUUUCGUUCUCCACUGAUCAUCAUCAAGGGAUUGGACAUAACACCAUCAACAAUAACCAAAGAGCUGAAGAUAACAAUCAUGCUGGUGAUAUGAAUGGAGCGAGUAGGGUGUUGUUCCCUUUUUCAGACACGAAAGAGCUUUCAAGCACAAACCAAGAGAAGAGCCAUAAUACAUAUUGGAGUGGGAUGUUCAGUAAUACAGGAGGAUCUUCGUGGUGAAGAAGGUAUCAUGAACUUCAUAGCUUUUCUUCUCUUUUUCACUUUAUUACCUCCUUAUUCUAUCAUAUUUUUACUUUGAUGAUCUUUUGUUUUUCUCACAUGGGGUACUUUAGUUAAAGUUGUCAGAACUUAGUUUAGAGAUUGUCCUUUUAUUUUAUCUUCUCUGUUUCUUUUAUAUAUAUUUCAUAAUGGGGUUUGAUGGUAUUUUUUUAGUAUCAAAAGGGUCUUUGUAUCAUAGGGGAAUGGUGAGGGAUAUGAGGAUAGAAGAAUAAGUGAAUGCGAGGACUGUGUGUGUAUUCAUCAUUUCUUCCAUCUGUCGAAGUAUUUGUGCAAUCUAUUCUUCUUUUUUUUCCGACAAGUCAAAAACUUUAUUAAUGAUGUAAUCUAUUAAUAAUGAUGUAAACUUUAUUUUUUGUGUAAUCUAUUCAUGUUUUUCU